AGUGAGCGUGGGAGGUCGGUACGGUGCCCGCGUCGAAAUUUAACGGCAUAAUGAAACUUUUAGUCCAUUUUCCUAUCAAAUCCUGAGUAAAACAUUACAAAAAAACUAAAAAACAGUGUUUACAUUGUUAUGUUUGAGCAUCGUGGGCAAAAAUCCCAAGAAUGGUUGUUUAAUGUGUUAAAAUACUAGUGGCGGGAAACCGUUUUGAUAUCUCGCUUGACGUGUUGUGUCCUAUGUGUACGUAGAGCGAGAGGAGCCGUCUGCCCUAGAGGGCGGCCGACAUGCUGGAUUCGUCGUGAAUCGAUAUUUUUGGAACGUUGUAGAGCAGAAACCAUGAGGUUCGAGGCUCAAUAAAGGUAAACACGACAUGAUGUGACACCACGAACACGAAGAUCUUCCAAGAAUUUUAAUAUCACGAGAGAGCAUGGAAAAUGCGGAGAGAGGUGAACAAUGACAGCAUGUCCCCGCCGCGAGCGAUGACCCUGCAGGGCGCCAAGGGUCGCGCAGUGGCCGCGGCGGCGGGGCGCGCCGGCCCGGGCCCCCGUGCACACUCGAUGCCAUGUUUUAUAGAAAAUUUAACGCUUAUUAGGCUAUGUCUACAAUAUCUACGGGUGAUAUCACGUUUAUAUCAAAACGUCGCCGCCUCCCUGCCGCGGGUGCGAGUAAACUUUAAUUUUUCAAAGCGUCCGCUAGUCAAAUUAAAAACUGAUGUGGAUAAUAUGUUUAGUUUUCGAACUAGAACAGUGUAUUGUGAUAUUAAAGCAUUGUUAGUGAAGACAAUAGUGCAAUUAUUCGUUGUUGCCAAGUGUGUUGUGUUGCGGUGGAGAUGUCGAGGCGGCGGCGCGCGGCGGGCGCGCACGCUGCUGGUGCUGUGGCUGAGCGGGUGCGGCGGCGGCGGGUACAGCGAGGGCCGCCGCGACGGGGACCUCCAUAUUGGGGGCAUUUUCCCCAUGGAGGGCGAAGGCGGCUGGCAGGGCGGGCAGGCCUGCAAGCCAGCCGCCGAGCUCGCGCUCGCGGACGUCAACGAGCGCCUUGAUUUAUUGUCCGGCUUCAAAUUAUACAUUCACAGCAACGAUAGCAAGUGCGAGCCGGGGCUGGGGGCGAGUGUGAUGUACAACCUGCUUUACAACCCGCCUCAGAAGUUACUGUUGCUAGCUGGUUGCUCCACCGUCUGUACCACCGUCGCUGAAGCCGCCAAGAUGUGGAAUCUUAUGGUUCUCUGCUACGGUGCGUCAUCACCAGCGCUGUCAGAUCGUGCUCGCUUUCCGACGCUGUUCCGCACCCACCCAUCAGCUACAGUCCACAACCCUACACGGAUCAAACUCAUGCAGAAAUUCGGAUGGUCACGCAUCGCCAUCUUACAACAGGCAGAGGAAGUCUUCAUAUCAACUGUAGAAGACUUAGAAGCGCAUUGCAAGAAGGCCGGCAUUGAGAUCGUGACUCGGCAGUCGUUUCUAUCAGACCCAGCGGACGCCGUACGGAACCUGAGGCGUCAGGACGCUCGCGUCAUUGUCGGCUUGUUCUACGUGGUCGCGGCGCGUCGAGUACUCUGUGAGGUCUACAAACAUCGCCUGUAUGGGAAGUCUUAUGUCUGGUUUUUUAUUGGCUGGUACGAAGACAACUGGUUCGAAACCAACUUGGAGAAGGAAGGUAUAGACUGCUCACCAGAACAGAUGCGAGAAGCCGCUGAAGGUCACCUGACCACAGAAGCUCUCAUGUGGAACCAAAACUCCAACCAGACCACCAUCUCUGGAAUGACCUCCGAGGAUUUUCGGACGAGGCUGAACGGGGCUUUGCGUGAAGCUGGCUACGACAUCGACGGCGAGAGAUAUCCGGAGGGAUAUCAAGAGGCACCCCUGGCCUACGACGCUGUUUGGGCUGUCGCUUUAGCUUUCAACAAGACGAUGGAGAAGCUAGAAAAAAGCGGUCUCAGUUUGAAAAACUUCACGUAUACCAACAAGAAAAUUGCCGAUGACAUUUACGAGGCAAUAAACUCCACGUCAUUCCUCGGUGUAUCGGGUUUGGUGGCGUUCUCGUCUCAAGGCGACCGCAUAGCGUUGACUCAGAUAGAACAACUGACUGACAACCAUUAUGUGAAGCUUGGCUACUAUGACACGCAGGCCGAUAACCUCACGUGGUUGGAACGAGAGCGGUGGGUCGGUGGGAAGGUGCCCCCCGACCGUACCGUCGUAGUUAACGAGCUGCGGACCGUCUCCCUGCCGCUUUUUGCGUGCAUGACCGCACUCUGCAUCGCUGGGAUCCUCGCCGCCAUCGCGCUAAUUGUCUUCAACAUCCUGCACAGACAUCGGAGGGUGAUCCAGUGGUCGCACCCGGCGUGUAACACGGUCAUGUUGUGUGGCUGCUGUAUCUGCCUGAGCGCGGCCAUUGCGCUGGGCGUGGACGGCCGUUGGGUGAUGCCGCAACAUUUCUCCGGGCUAUGCGCGGCCCGGGCGUGGCUCCUAGCCACAGGCUUCUCAAUGGCAUACGGCGCCAUGUUCACGAAAGUAUGGAGAGUCCACCGGCAUACGACUAAACCCAAAGUGGAAACAAAGAAAAAGCGCAUACACGGCUGGAAGUUAUACACAAUGGUUGGAGGGCUAUUGGUGGUAGACGUGGCACUCCUGACUGCGUGGCAGCUCAGGGACCCUCUGGAGAGGCGCGUGGAGACCUUCCCUUUGGAGGCACCAAGACAUCACGAUGAUGAUGUCCAUAUAAGACCUGAACUUGAACACUGCGAGAGUAAACACAAUACCGUUUGGCUUGGUGUAAUGUACGGCUACAAAGGACUAGUGCUGGUCUUCGGCCUAUUCCUGGCGUACGAGACCCGUUCGGUGAAAGUGCGGCAAAUCAACGACUCCAGAUACGUCGGCAUGAGCAUAUACAACGUGGUGGUGCUGUGCCUCAUCACAGCGCCGGUGACCCUAGUCAUCGCCAGCCAACAGGACGCUGCCUUCGCCUUCGUGUCUCUAGCUAUAGUGUUCUGCUGUUUUCUCAGCAUGGCACUGAUUUUUAUUCCUAAGGUGAUCGAGGUGAUCCGUCAUCCAACGGAGCGUGCGGAGAGCGGCCGGGGCUCCGGGUCGGGCUCCGCCCCAGCCGACGAGGAGCGCUACCGGGAACUAGUCAAAGAAAAUGAAGAGUUGCAGAAACUCAUCGCACAGAAGGAGGAGCGGAUUCGGGUGCUGAAACAGAAGCUGGCGGAGCGGGAAGCGGCGGCGGCGGGCGUGACGCAAGGUACGGGCGGCGGCGGCGGCGGCGGCGUGCUGGCCGACCUCGCCACCGCCACCUCCGACUAUGGCACCUCCACCAACUACACGCGAUCCUCGCGCGCCUCCGUCUCUGACCUAGACUUCUCUGAGAGCUACCUCUAACCCCACACACCCCUUCACAGCUCUCCGUAACAUUUGUUUCAGCCCUCUUACUUAUACAGAACAAAACAUGUCAAAACUUGUACCUGUACCUAUUUUCUAAUGUUUCUUAUUUUUGAUAAAACUAAAAAUUAUAUUAAGAUUUACCUUGAAUUCAGAAAAAUCCUACCUCCUAAUCCCACUUUAGUGUAUAGCAAGUAAAAGGGCCUAUAAAUACAAAGGUGGCCUAUUAAACUGUUACGUCGGGAAAUAACAAUUCGAAUCGAUUAAUUCGAUUUCAUAGGAAACGGCUCAUUUUAGUAAAUUGUUCUCCCACAAUCAAUUGGCGAUGAGAUUAGUCGAUUACCGAUGGAAUCUCACUCGACCCUCAUUACGGGGCUGAUCGUUAGACGAGGCUCGACAGUUCUAGCGACUGGAGCGAGUCACCUCCUGGUUAAUUGAUACGUUUUCCUCAACCCGAAGUGUCAAUUCACACUCGCACACCCGAAUAUCCACCCUACAUUACCACUCUAAUUGAUACGUAUGUUAAAAAAAAUCCCAUCCUAUCAAACAUAAUAAGUGUUAGGUCACCUAAUCUCCAAUGUUUGUGUACCUAAGUCUACUUUCAUUACUGAUAAGCACGCACGUGUAACUCCAAUCAAGUAAUGACUUAUCUAACUUUGAUCCAUUAGGUACGUAGACUGUAAGAACAUAAUUCAAUACAGACGCACGUCAUCUCUAAUCGAAUAUCGAUACACUUUUCGUGUAAGAUAAUAUAUCUCUUACGUAAACAAGAAGGUGUUUACUUGAUAGAAACAUACAUAUAAAUGUCUGAUCAUCUUAAUCAUUGAAUCAUUUUAAUAAAAGGUACAGAUUAUAACUGUGUAAAUAUGAAAUGCGAGUGAAUUUUCUAUCUCAACGGUCAAAGUAUCCCCCUCCCAGGUGUUGUAAACUUCAGGCAAGUUUAGUGAGCGUUAUAAAUUUCCCCCCACCCCUCCCUUUUGAAAUGUGACGUAAGAGAGUCAGUGAUUGAGCAUUCAGUAGCCUUUAGUACGAGUUUGCUUUACAUUGAACGAAAACGAAACGAGAGCGCGUUCGGCUCUCUGAUUGGACGGCGCGAAUGAACCAACCAAUCAGAGCGCCGAAUGCGCUCUCGUUUCGAUCUCGUUCAACGUAAAACAAACUAGUACUAAGGCCUUUUUGAUGUGCGAUUUACAAAUUCAUUGUUAUCACAAUUAAAUGUUUAUCUAAUUAAGCAUAAAAUCCCCGAUAUCGUCCCGUCACCGAUAUUACAAAUAUGUUCGCAUUCAUAAGUCUCAGUUCAAAACUGCUUCGUAAUUUAGUUCUAUAUUCGUGCGAACAUAUUUGAAAUUAAUACUAAACAUAUUUAGGUCGCUGUCUGUUUAAAAAAAAUAACUUAAAUCUUGACAAUGAAGUGUUUCGUUAACGUAGAAGAAUUAAUUAAUGUAUAGACUUAAAAAAAUGGAAAUUUUAAAAGUGUAUUUUGAAUAUAAUUUCCCGUUGGUAGUCAGACCGCGGCCUAACCCCCUCUCUACCUCACACGUACUGUACGAUUGCACGUGUCUUUACAUCUAAACAACCUAUCUUCUAUUCCUACUAGACUGAUUUAGUGGUACUCUUAGCAUUAUGAGAUCUACUCAUAAAUUGUUUCUACAUACUCAAUUGUAAGUUAUGAAAUGUAGCUAUGUUACUCUCUAAUCCAUUAGGCUAUAGUUACUAGUGUUAAUUUGUGUCUCUACAGACGAGAACCCCUAGCAUUAAGUAACGCUACAACGAUUGUUCUUUACGCAUUUUUAAAUAUUAACAAAAAAAAACAUGAAUUUUACACGAAUUUCUUCAAAUUGACACGUUUCUAUUUUAUUGGCACAAAUAUCUAGAUAGCUUUAGCCUCAUAUGAACGUUGACAGAUUACAUUUAUUUAUGUAAAUUUUAUUGUUGUUUUAAUAGAGAAUAAGAUUUAAUAUUAAUGUCCAUUUUAUAUUUUGUUCUCGUGUUGAAACUUUAUUGCGGAAGCGUAGAUGGAAUUCAUGCAGUCAAAUCUCGUUAUGAUGCACUUGUUAAGUUAAAUUAAUGUUUUGGUAUGACACUGUCCGGUGGUAUGGUUGAGAAGAACUCGUUAGGUGACACGAUAGUCUGUAAUGGGGAGAAAAAGACCAUUUAAGGAGGAGUAAGUGAGGCGUCGUAUCGUAGGUAUGUUGCCACGUGUGCCCCAGCUCCCUGUAGUUACGUAAGUAGUUUGAAGAUGUUGUCCGAGCCCGUAGUUCCCCCUGUUGUCACCCCGAGCUGCAUGUCACCCACACUCACACUGCACUCCGGACCUCCGGCCCUCUAUACUUGGUGCUUGUUUGUGCUUUAUAAACGUCCAGUUCCUAGUAGAUAUUGAGCACUGACCGAAUUUAACAAAGAUGUACUCUCACGAAUAUUUUAUAUCCUUCUAUCGCCGCGGCGAACACCCUUAUCAAACACUUAAUGAUUUACACACAGCACUACAUUGAUUUACACUACCGUACCUCAGUUAAUGUGUAACAUUAGGCAUCCAAUAUGUAUAUAGUAGGUAACUGAUGCUAGGUGUUGGUAACGGCUGACUAACGAGAUUUCCUUGCAUGAAUGUUUGAUAUGAUUGUUUUAUUUUAUGUAAAUUACGCUUACAUUUGUGUUCAAUCUAAAUAAUUGCGUUAAACAUCAUUCGAACACGUAUUCAAAUAGAAUCAUUGUGUCAAAACAAGGAAAAAUUAGUUUCUCCGACGUCACUCUGUUUUCUUUUUGUUUUGGUAAGAUAAUAGAAAAUCUUAUGGACAAAUCUAUUUCGCAGUGAUCGAUCUUUUCUU